AUGGAAAGACACAUGUCAAUGCCAACCUCCCCCGCCCAAAAUGAAGGAAGGCUCGAGCAGCUCAAGUCUGUCUUGGCACAGCUGACUUUGGACUGGGACACUGUGGCAAUGGCUAUUAAAACAGCAGUCGCGCCUGCCGUGCUCGUGUGUGUUAUUGAAGUGGAUGCUUAUAUCAAUUACUUCACCACAAAUGCCUAUUUGGCUGCGAUCAUGGCGGCGUCUGCGUUGCCGGCUCUUCCCCAGGCAAAGCUUAUCGAGUACAAUCUCCAACUCGCCUUGGCCACGGUCGUGACAUACUGUUGGGCUUUGCUUGCCGGCUGGUCUGCAGUGCAGGCCAGGAAACACACCACAAACAGCAGUGAAGAUCUAGCGGGCUACAACUCUUCGGCUGAAGCCGUGGUCGCUAUUUUCAUGAUAUCUAUCCUCUGGUGUGUGUUCACCCUGAAGUCUGCCUAUCCUUCCUGGAACCUACAAUGCGUCCUAGCUGGUAUAUAUGCCGUUGCGGCAAUGCCUGCUGUUGCUCGAGUUACUACUGUAACGCAAGUCAUCGCUAGCAACACCAAAAUCUUGGAGGUUUUUUUGGCAGGGCAGGCCGUCGGCUUGGUCACUGGCCUUAUCAUAUUUCCGAGGACUUGCAGAGGUCUAAUCAAAAGGGACCUGAAGACUGCGCUUGAUGCACUGGCCUCUUUUAUGCGGGCUCAAGGAAAAUGUAUGGACGAGCUUAGGUCAACCAAGAUCUCUGGAGAAGGCGAAGAGGAGAGGAGUUCAUCUGUCCGUCAACUUGAAGAGGCCCAGCAAUGGUUCAUAAGUACCAUUGUCAAGGCUCGUCAAGAUGUCAUAUAUGCAGACUGUGAGGUAUCUUGGGAUCAUAUUGGUGGCUCAGACCUGGAGUAUAUUGCCUCAUUGCUGGUCGACCUAAUCCCACCCGCGUCUGGUUUAAGCUCUACAGCAAACAUGAUGCAGCUGGCUACAGAAGGCUGCAAUUCGCACAAUAGUACCAACGCGACGAAUAGUCGCGAUGACGGGAAUGAUACCACGAAUAACAAGAGGGACUGGCAUUACCUUGAAGUAACAAUGCACGAGCACUCGCUCCGGAUAUCUAAGGCGAUCAUGGACGGAGCAGAACACGGCAAAGUCAGAUUAGACCAGACCCUUGGCUGUUCUUUGUUUGGUAGGCCUCGUGCGAGAGGGACUGAUGAAGAGCACCGGGUGGGCUCCAUGAGGCCAGGAACAGCCAGCUUUCUCAGCUCUUACCGUGGUAUCUGCUCCAUCCCGAGCCAGCAGGGCCACUGUACUAGAGAGGAGGAGGAGCUGCUUUACAAUUACAUGCGGAACAGGCCACAAGCUGAGUAUAGGGAUCUUACUGUGCCUGAGCCUUAUUCCAUUACCCUGCGUUAUUUUCUGUUACUCCAUUUUCAAACCCUGCUGUCAUCUCUUGGAGGCGAACUACUCCAACUACUACUUUACCUCGAGGAGUGCCAUGCGAAACCCAAGCGCCUUCGCUUCCCUCGUUUUGGCCGCCUUGCUCGCUUCAUACCCUGGGCGGAAGCAAUGAUUCGUCCAUGGCGGUGUUGGCAAGAGAGCGCCGACGCUGAAGCGGAUGUUAAACUUGGCCUUGCAUUCGAUAAUAAAAGAGACCCUGACCAUCUCCCACCUGUCAACCUCGUUCAGUCUGUUGGAGACCGGAUCCGCAAGAUCAGUUCCGUCCUGCGUACCGAUCAUGCUGCCUAUGGUCUUCGAGGUGUCUGUGCAAUCAUGACCAUCGCGAUCAUCUCCUUCCUCCAUGACUCGCAGGCCUUCUAUUUUGGACACCAGUUUCUCUGGGCUAUGUUUGCCAUUUUACUCUCUAUGGGCCGCACAGCUGGAUCGUCGACGUUCUUUCUAUUGUGCCGCAUACUGGGGACAUUUCUUUCCAUGAUAGCUUGCUACCUUAUCUGGUACAUUCCUGAUCAGACAACCCCGGGAAUUCUGGUUCUACUCUGGAUCUGGUUCACGGCCAUCGGCUACCUCUGUACGUCUGCGAAGCCUUUCCAUAUUAUUCACCCUGAGACUAAAGAGCUUAUCCAUAAUUUCCUUUUGCUAGUUGCUCGGUUCCCGGACUUUUCCAGCAUAUGGUUCGUGGCCCUCAUAGCUGCAAUUGUUAUGAUAGCCACUGAGCUUCAAUACCGCAAACUGGGGCAAGAAGCCAUCUCAAGAGCCGGACUUGUGGUUUAUGCACCAUAUAUAAUUUUUCCCUACCGGCUUGCUGUUGUAACUGUUGGUGUUCUUACUGGGUAUUUCUGGACCAUUAUCCCCUAUCCACUUCCCGAACACUAUGAGCUGCGCCAGAAUGCCGCACAGUCCAUGUACAUGCUCGCCAAGUUCUACAUGUGCGUCCGCCAAACAAUCUUUGCUCGUAUUCACGGCACUGCCGGAAACCUCAGUGACAAGGCCAGCGCCGGCUUCUGUUUACAAGGGGCUCGGCGCCGUGCCUUCCGCGAAUACCAGACACUGGUGGGCAGCGGCAAGAAAUCCUUCCAGUUCCUAGACUGGGAGUUUUCUCUGGGCGGAAGCUUUCCAAAACAAAUUUACGGCGAGAUCCUUCCUAUAAUUGAGCGACUGGGCGGCUACAUGACUUUAACGGAGUAUGCGUCUCGCUCGCUUAACCGCUCUUCGGGUCCAUCCCCCUGGUGGAAUGCCGACCAGACCGGAACAGUUCAGAGUUAUGUCGCCCUAGAUGGAGUAGCUACAAGGCUUAUUAUACUCCAUUCUGCAUUAACUGGUAGCCAUGCUCUUCCACCGCAGCUUCGGGAUUUUGAAAUGCCGGGCCUGGGGGACUUCCUGAGCAAGGGGAUACCCUCUGAAGAAGGAUUCGCCUCGGCAGCUCUUAUUCGCAGCAUCAACUGGUAUAUGACUCGGGAUCUCAACAGGUUAUCGGAGUAA